GGGCAGGCCAAUCAAAGCUGGCGUAGUUGAGGGGUUGGACGUCAGAACGUGGAGGGUGGUUGGGUAAGCGGGUAGCGGCGGGACGAUGUCGAGCCGGAGCAGUGUCGGGGACCCUGAGUAUUUAACCAGGCGCAUCCCUCAGAAUCCCAAAUACCAGCAUAUAAAAACCCGCCUCGAUACUGGGCACAGCUUGACAAAAUACACUGAGAAGUUGGCAAAAGUCAAAAGAAAUUACAGAUACAAAAAGGAUGAGCUGUUUAAAAGGCUGAGAGUGACCACUUUUGCCCGGUUGGUCAUCCAGGUUGCCUCUUUAUCUGAUGAAACCUUAGAAGUGACAAACAAGGAGAUCCACAAGCUGGAAGAUGGUGAUUCUGCUGCUCCACAUCCAGAUGCUGAAGUCACAGAAGGGACAAAUGGGAAAGGAAGCCCUGAUAGGACACCCAGUCCAGUCCUGUCCCUAGACAAUGCAGGGGCUGGGGUUUCCUAUCGCUCCACACUGCAGAGUGUGAUAAGUGGUGUUGGUGAACUGGGCAUACAGGAGGACACUCCAAAGAAAGAAGAAACUGAGGCUAAAGACACACCUUAUCCUGACUGCCCCUUCCUGCUUUUGGAUGUACGAGACCGUGACGCAUAUAACCAAUGUCAUAUUAUUGGAGCUUAUUCCUACCCUAUUGCAAUGCUGUCUAGAGCCAUGAAUCCAUACUCAAAUAGUAUUCUGGAAUAUAAAAAUGCCCAUGGGAAGAUGAUAAUUCUGUAUGACAAUGAUGAGAGAUUAGCCAGCCAGGCCGCAACAUCCAUGUGUGAGAGGGGCUUUGAGAAUGUCUUCAUGUUAUCUGGAGGUCUAAAGGUCCUAGCACAGAAGAUCCCAGAAGGACUCAUCACAGGCUCACUCCCUGCAUGUUGCCACGUAACACCUCCCUCUGGAUCUGCCCGGAAAAAGACCUCUCUGCAGGUGCCAUUCACACCAGCUGAGAAUAGAUGGAGGUUUUCUGAAGAUAAUCUACAGAAGAUUAAAUACUACCUUGAAGAGGAGCACAUCCCUUCAGACACUGCCAGCCGUUUCAGCAGUGGCUCUUCAAGACGCAAUUUCAAGGCAACAGCCAUGAGGAGCAGCCCCAGUCUCCCCAGCACUGCUGGCAAUGGGGGAGUGCUCAGUGCCCGCUCAUUCAGCAGGAACAGCGUCCAGAACAGGCCAUGGAAAUAAGCAGCAGUGUCUUACACCACUGAAUAAAUCUGGAAGCAAA